GCCUGUGUGGGACUGACAGGAAAGCUCAUGCUAAACGACACGCGCACUUACGUCUCCGUCCUUUUACUAUUAUAAAAUUAAAUAUUGUCGUAUUUAUACGUUAUUGUAUUUGUUUGAUGUCAAACAUAAAUCUCUCCUGGUGCGAAGGAUAGUUAAAAAGUGGUGCUGUUGAAACAAGGGCCAUAUGUAAUACAGCAAGGUCACAACGACCAAGUGGGCGAGUACCAAGAUAAAUUCAAUUUAUCAUUGGAAAAAAAACACACAGAAAUAGUGGACGGCAAAAUGGCGGGACUCAUCAACUUUGAAGAUGAGAAAGAAGUGGAGCAGUUUCUGGACAAUCUGGGUGUGGAGUACAGCUACCAGUGUUACAAGGAUAACGACCCUGAAGGAUGCCAGAGGUUAGCAGACUACAUGGAAGGAGUGAAGCGAAACUAUGAGGCCACUGCCAAAGUGCUCAAACAUAACUGUGACAAACAUACGCAUGCAGAGAGCUGCUACAAGCUGGGGGCUUACCAUGUUACAGGCAAAGGUGGCAUGAGCAAGUGCCUGAGAAGUGCGUACUCGUGCUUCCUGCGAGCGUGCAAUGCCGGCGGGAAGAAGUCCAUCGACGCCUGCCACAAUGUGGGCCUGCUGGCUCACGACGGGCGGGCCAUUGAGGGCGGCGCCCCCGACCUGGACGCCGCCCGCCGCUACUACGAGAAUGCGUGCGCGGGUGGCUUCGCCCCAUCCUGCUUCAACCUCAGCACCUUGUACAUUGAGGGCAACACCAAAGGGGUCAAGCCAGACAUGGCGACGGCGCUCAAGUACGCCAAGCGGGCCUGCGAGCUUGGACACGUGUGGGGCUGCGCCAACGCCAGCCGCAUGUACAGGCUGGGCGACGGCACUGAGAAGGACGACAAGAAGGCGGAGGAGCUGAAGAAUCGGGCCCGGGAACUCCACGGUUUGCAAAAGGAGAAGCAGCUCAAAUUUGGGGAGUGACAACAAAAGAAACGUGUAUGCGUGCGCUUCUAUGUGUGCGUGUGUGUGUCCAUCAUAAACUGAAAGUGUCAAAAAAAUCCAACAUAUCUGGUGAAUUUCUUAUACAGCACUCUUCAGGGUGUUGUGAAAGUCAUUGUACGAAAAGGGCCACAAUAAUAUAAUUCUGACAUAACAUCUAAAUGUAGCAAAGAAAGAAAAAGUAACGAGGAACACAUUUUUCUUGUUGUAGAAGUUGUAUUAAGAGAUGAUAUAUUGCUUUACCAAUUUUUCGCAAAAAUUAUAUGUGAAGAACAAAAAGUUGGAAUGUUACAAGAAAACGUUGAAAAUUUUAAUUACGAGAAAAAAGGUUCUAAUAAAGAAAAGUAUUAUGUGGAAAGUUGAAAGAAAACUAGUACUUUAAUAUGUAAAAACGUGCAAUACUAUGAAAAAAAAGUCGUCUGAUUAUGUAAAAAACAUUCCGCAGUAUUGCAGCAAUUAUUUUUUUCA